UUCUGCUUUUACUUUGAAAGCCGGGUGACAGGACGUGACGUAGCAUCUGCAUAUGCUAACAGGUUUAGGAGAUGUCUGCCAAUGUCAGCCUUUUAAAAAGCCUCCCCGGGUGUCGGUACCGUUCGGCCUGUAGAGGGCUCCUCCAGGGGAACCAGGCUGGGGGCUGUCCGGCCAGCAAGGGCCGCAGGGCGGCUAUAAACACAGCUGCAGGAACCCCUCCUCGGCCACUAGAGGGCGUCAGAGUGCUGGAUCUGACCCGAGUUCUGGCCGGUCCGUUUGCCACCAUGAUCCUUGGAGACCUUGGAGCCGAGGUGAUUAAGGUGGAGAGACCAGGUGGAGGCGACGACACCAGAGCCUGGGGGCCGCCGUUUGUUUCCUCAGAAAGCAUCUACUUCCUGAGCAUCAACCGGAACAAGAAGAGCAUCGCUGUGGACAUGAAACAUCGGCGAGGAGCAGAGAUCAUCCUGCAGCUUGCAGGUGUGAGUGACGUCCUGGUGGAGAACUUCCUGCCAGGGAAGCUCUCUCAGAUGGGUCUAGGAUACGCCGAGCUAAGCAGACUGAAUCCACGGCUCAUCUACUGCUCCAUAUCAGGGUACGGACAGACGGGUCCCCAGUCUCAGAGUCCAGGAUACGACUCCAUCGCUUCGGCGGUGUCUGGAAUGAUGCACAUCACCGGGCCGGAGGACGGAGAGCCGGUUCGUCCGGGCGUCGCCAUGACGGAUCUAGCAACGGGGCUGUACGCACACGGAGCCGUCAUGGCCGCCCUGCUGCAGAGGCAGAGGACGGGUAGAGGAGCUCACAUCGACUGUAACCUGCUGUCCUCACAGGUGUCCUGCCUCAGUCACAUCGCAGCAAACUAUCUGAACGCAGGGAAGGAGGCCCGACGCUGGGGGACGGCUCAUGAGAGCAUCGUCCCGUACCAGGGCUUCAGAACCAAAGAUGGACACCUGGUUGUCGCUGCAGGGAACGAUCAGCAGUUCGUCAGAGUGUGUCAGGUUCUGGAUCUGCAGAAUCUCACUGAGGACCCGAACUACAGAACCAACCAGCUGAGAGUCCAGAACCGCAAACAGCUGCUGCAGACGCUGUCAGAGAGGUUCCUGCAGGAGAGAACUGCUGAUUGGCUGAGGAGGUUCCAGGGAUCAGGUGUUCCUGUUGGACCAAUCAACAGCAUCCAGGAAGUGUUCUCAGAGCCACAGAACCAAACGCUCCUCCUGGAUGACGACACCAACAUUUCCUCACAUGUGUUCCUGAAUCAUAUCAGCGUGAACUCUGCCCCCUCCCUGAUGGACGCUCAGAUGGACGCCAUGUUCGGCCCUGAAGGCGUCUCCAAGGGGGAAACCUGACUGCUGUUGUGUCUGUGGAGCUGCUGGUGUUUACAGAGGCAGCAGACGUUCUGCUGAGGAUCUUGUGGAUUUGUUGAACAAACAUGACACGUCCCAUCCAGGAGGAGGAACUCUGGUUGGAGAAGAAGCUGCAGAUGAUUGCUUCCAGAUGUCCCUGCUCUGACCUCUGACCCCACAUUACUCAGAUUACCUCUGAAACAUCUGUUUUCUCCGUGGGGAGCGUCUCCUUUCUGUCAGGCUGCUGCUGAAGGAGCUUCUCCUGAGUCCAGAACCUUCAGACCAUCUCCAGCUCCUCGUGUCGGACGGAUUCGUUCCGUAAACAAAUGAUUGACUUAAUGAGAAAUGAAAUGUUUAUUACAGGCGUCUCCGCUGCUUUUAUUGGCUGCUGUUAAUGCUG